AUGGAGGUGAAAAGCAAUGGCUAUGAAACGGCUGCAACCAUCAGUCUUUUGCGUCGUGCACACGAAAUCCGCGUCACCCCAUUUGACGACGACGACGACGACGACGACGACGACGACGACGACGACGACGACGACGACGACGACGACGACGACGACGACGACGACGACGACGACGACGACGACGACGACGACGACGACGACGACGACGACGACGACGACGACGACGACGACGACGACGACGACGACGACGACGACGACGACGACGACGACGACGACGACGACGACGACGACGACGACGACGACGACGACGACGACGACGACGACGACGACGACGACGACGACGACGACGACGACGACGACGACGACGACGACGACGACGACACACACACACACACAUAG